AAACUACACUUAGUAUGAUGACGACUCCUCUGCGUGUUGUUCGUUCACCAGGUUCUCGUCAUGCAGACCACUCUGUCCACGAGCUUAGCUCGCCUGUGGCCGGACCCUCAACCAGUCCACUGCAUAGUGCAAUAGACUCUGAUGAUUCUUUCGACUUCCGUAUGCUUGAUAUGCCUGAGGUUGUUUCAUUACCGUGGGUUCCUUUGGACUCUCGUGAAACAAGGGUUUAUAUCCCUUCUUCCGUUCAUCAGCUCGUCAACAACAUGAAGCAUGAGCUAGAAAUGGAGGGUAGAGCACGCCGAAAAGCUGAAGAUUUACAUUUGGAAGAACUGCGUAAAAGGGUUAAACUAGAGGUUAUCAUGGAUAGUCUGCGAAACGAUUGCGCUAGGCUUGUAUCGUCUCCCACAUUCUCUACCGUUUCCCCAUCACUUCCCUCGUUCACUGGCCCUCCUCUACAUAGUCCAACCGUUCCAGACAUGAUCAGCUCAAACCAGAACUCUUCAGCCAUAGAACAACACAAGGGUAAAUCUCAAACCGAUGAUACUGCUCCAGUGCCCAAUUUAGAUCAAACAACGGAACCCAGCAUUGGCGGAGGCCAAAGCGAUUCGAUGAGCCAACAGAACGAUGGCACUGCCUCGCAACAUUCUCCAAUUUCCUCGCCUACACCAAGCACCCCUUCAAAAGCUCAGCGGUUACUUGCAGUCAUACAGGACAAUAUCAAUCGACUCGUUCCCUCCGCGCCCCACGACGAAAAUGGCGAUGCCUUAGCAGACUCGAAUCAUGUGCCAUCAUCAAGCAUAUCUUGACAUUCCCAUACGCCCUUAUGGCGACCGUAAAUAUUCUCCUCACAAGUCCUAUACGCACUCGCAUACCAUCAACUUCUCCAGACCGGACCAGUCCUCGUUUUUACUGGUAUACCAAUUCAUCUUUCAAAUGCAUUAAGAUCGCGGCCUGGAGCUGGACUGUUAAACACUACAUCCACUAUAGUCGAUGUGCUAGUUUUACUCGCCAUGACUACUAUUCAAUAGACUGGAAUAUGUUGUAACAUUAAGUAGAACAUUUGCUCCUCGAGCACGAAAAGGAUUGAACCUGUUAUACCAGUGUUUGACCAAAGGCAACUCGUUAUCAGGGCAGCGAACUUGAGGGACACGAGAAUAAGUAGGAGGUAAGCCCAACAGUCAAUAAAUGAGACUCAAGAUUUGGAGAGCAAAAAAAAUAAGAGCAGAGGCGCGCACCUGAUGCUGUCUACUGGCAUCGCCUCUUGAGCAUAAUGGCAUGGGAUAGAUCGUACAGACUCGGCAUGAUGUAUAUCAGAGACGAGAUGCGGGGCAUCACUGUAUGUCCGAGGUAUCAUUGCUGGAUCAUGAAUGUUGGUCUGCGUCUGU